GAAAUACUCUGGAUGCCAACUAUCCUUCAAAAACUCGCAGGAGUGGCUACGGCACUCAGGCAAAGGCUAAGAGGCGGAGACGAUCCCAAUGCCACCAGAAUCCGUCGCCGACAAGUACUCACGAACAAGCUAUGGAAGGGACUGCCAUUCAUCAGGCUUGUGCUAUUUCUAGUGGGAUACCUAUGGAUGCUGGCACUACCCUCCUCGCAAUUCGGACAACGAAUAUACAUAGAUGAAAACGCACUACAGCCUGCACAGGUCCACACAUACUGGAAUUGGAACGACGUGCAUCGAGCCGACCGGAUACUUGAGGACCUGGAGCAACUGCGAGACCGGAAUGCUACAAAUGACGAAAUCGCACGUUACUCCGUUGGCGUCUUCGAAAAGCUUGGAAUACCCGCGCGUACACAACGAUACUCCUUUGACACUCUGGGCGGGGCAAUAAACGGAACUAACGCAUACGCUGUUAUGGCGGCGCCACGUGCCUCUGGAGCUGAGGCUAUAAUCAUCAGUGCUUCAUGGUUGAGCAGAACCGGAGAGGGAGACGAAACUCUCAACUUAAGGGGUGUGGCUAUUGUCCUUUCGCUUGCGGGGUACUUGAAGAAGUACUCCUUGUGGGCAAAGGACUUGGUCUUCGUCAUCAGUGAUGGAUACCUGGACGGCAUGCAAGCCUUUAUUACGACCUACCAUGGGCUACCUCAAGCGAACCUGCACACCGAACCUCUGGAGUUGUCAUCCGGUGUAGUCUGGACAGCGAUAAACGUCGAUUACCCUGGCCACUCUUUCUCCCACCUUGGUAUAUUUUUCGAGGGUCUGAAUGGCCGCUUGCCGAAUCAGGACCUAAUGAACUCCGUCGGUGUAAUCUCUCGUCAUACAGGCGGAGUGCCGGUAGUGGUAUACGAUGACCUCGACCCUAGAGAAACGCCGAGCGCUCCGACUGUUGUCCCUUCAUGGAUGCCAGAGGGACUGAAGAACAACGGUGACGUACAGGAGUACGCCAUGCGGGCUAAGGUCAUCUCUCGUCAUGUGAACUAUCAAGCGAGAGGUGCAGCCAGUGGCGUGCAUGGUCUUCUCCACCAAUUCCGUAUCGACGCCCUGACCGUAUACGCAGUCCCAGCGACAGGCCCCCACGGAUUUUACGCCCUUGGCAAGAUCCUCGAAUCAUCCCUGCGGACCAUGAACAACCUCCUGGAGCGCCUUCAUGCUUCAUUCUUCUUCUUCCUCCUGGUCAGGCCUGAGAUAUUUAUGAAGAUCGGCAUGUACCUCCCCAGCGCCAUCUUGGUCGGCACCUCGAUGCUGUUCUCCGGACUUGGCGAGUGGGUCAAUGCCGGAUGGUUGCUGACCUCUGUCUCUCUCGAGGAUGAAGAGAAAUCGGAGAAGGCGCGGCCACGAUCGGUGGAGAAGUGGGUCAGUAGGGAUAGACCUGUCCUUGACGCUGUGACGGUCAUGAUCGCCACGCAUGCCAUCGGUUACGUCUUUUGGGAAGCUGUUAGCAGGAGACUGGCUCAUCCUGCCAUCCUUUUCCUUAUAUUCGCUGCGGCUCCACUACUGGUUGCCCGCUUGCCUCAGCCAACCCGCCCCGGAAGCGCGCCAGUGUCCGCUGUACUCAAGGCGUUGAAUCUCUGCUUCACCUCCGCGGUCAUCUCCAUCACCGCAGUGCUCAACUUUUCGCUCGCGGCGGCCCUCGCGGUCUUCAUGGGCAUCCCGCUCACCCUCGCAUCACCCUCGCCACGCCUGCCAUCCCGCAUCGGGAAGUACGCACUGUACUCGAUCCUCGCUCUAGGCUGGCUCGUGUUCUGCCCAGAGGAGACCGGGAAGGCGCUAUGGAAUUGGGAAGUGCUGAGGGUGUGGUUCGCGCCGUUCGUGUGCGUGGUGUACGUGCCGCUCGUGUUGCAGUCGGCGUUGGUCUGUUGGCUGCCUUCAUGAGAGCGUUACAUGUAUGGAUUGACGAUAAC